UUCUACAGUGACUAUGGUGACAUUAUCAAGGAAACAUUGACUAGAGCGAGGCAGAUGGACCGCAGCCACUGCUCCCGGGUCCUGCUGCUGAGCCUCCAGCAGCUGUACACAGAACUGCUGCAGGAACAGGGGCCCCAGGGCCUGAAUGAGUUUCCAGCCUUCAGCGAGAUGAGGGACCUGGCCAGGAGGUUCGCCUUGAGCUUUGGACCCCAGCAGCUACAGAACCGUGACCUUGUGGUCGUGCUGCACAAGGAAGGCAUCAAGUUCUCCUUGUCUGAGCUUCCUCCAGCUGGCUCCUCCGAUCAGCCCCCAAAUCUAGCAUUCCUGGAGCUUCUUUCAGAGUUCUCCCCCCGACUUCUCCAUCAAGACAAGCAGUUGCUACUGUCCUACCUGGAGAAGUGUCUGCAGCGUGUCUCCCCAGAUUCCAGCUGUACCUGGGGUCCAGUCACCACCUACCGCCACUCCCUCAGCCCUGUAGAGAACACGGCAGAGGCCAGCCCUCAGGGCUACCCCCGCUCCAAGAAGAGGCGCAUCGAAGGCCCCUCCAGGCAGCACAGAGAGGACAUCUCUUCAUCCCAGGAGGAAAGCCUACGGCUGAACAGUAUCCCACCCACACCCACCCUCACCUCAACAGCUGUGAAGAGUAGGCAGCCCCUGGUGGGGCUGGAAGAGAUGGAAGAAGAAGGUGGCUCAGAAUUGGCGUUUACCCAAGGCCAGCCCCGUUUAGGCACUCGGAGGUCAAGGUCCUCAAGUCCACAGCAUUUCCAGACUCCAGUCAACGCGUCAGGUCCUGGUCUGGGCAACCGGCUGACCCGACUCAGCCUGAUGGAGGAGGACGAAGAAGAGCUAGAAAUUCAGGAUGAGUCAAGUGAAGAGUGGCAAGGCACAGGCAAGUCUUCCCCCAGCGAGCACGGGCUGGACCUCUUAGAUUCUACAGAGCUGAACAUUGAGGAUUUCUGACAUGACCCUGUGUCCCUCCCCACCUCCACGACAUGAGCACCUGGAAAAGGCCAACAGGAGAUAGAGUAAAAGGAAUCAUUAUUUCCCCACCCUUGGUCUCUGAAGGGAAGGAGAGGUGGGCUUUGCCUUUUUAAGCUAACCUUUCUUGGAAGAUGUUGAGAUAGAGAAGCCAUAAACUUCCUGUCCUUCGGAUGCACUGUGGCUCUGUUCCCCUGUUUUGAGCAGAGUGCCUAUUUUCUGCUGUUUGGAGGGGUGGGGACUUCACUUCAGUACUGGAGAACGGCACUGCUUGCCUAUGUUGGAAUGGAAGGAGCUGGAUAGCUUUUCUGUAUUUUGUGGACUGUCUUUCCUAGCCUUUUUUGUGCCCUACUGAUUAGCUCAAUAAACACAUUUGAGUCAG